UUGUAAUCACAUGACAUAAACAUGGCAGACGAAAAGCUAUGGAAAAUCCAUGAUAGAUCACAAGACGGUCACGGUGUUAAUGAAGAUUGAGGUUUUCUUGUAAAGUUACAUGUGUAACUACGAUUUAUAGGUUUAUCAUAACCAUGGAUUUCCUUCACCAAUGGCGACAUUGGAUACGACCCUUCAUAAUAAGUUUGUAUUUUGUGUUGUUAAUAAUCGCCCUGCCAUUAUGUGUGGUAGAACUCCAUCAGAACGGUGCCGCUCGUCACGUGGAAGCAUGGUUUACAGGAGGGAUUUUUGUGAUGAUGGCCAUUCCAAUAUCUCUUUGGGGAAUUCUUCAACAUUUAGUCAACUAUACCCAACCAAAUCUUCAGCGCCAUAUCAUAAGGAUUCUUUGGAUGGUUCCAAUAUAUGCCAUUAAUGCAUGGUUUGCCUUGAGAUUUCCAAGUGCCUCCAUUUAUUUAGAUACUUUGAGAGAAUGUUACGAGGCCUAUGUGAUAUACAACUUCAUGGCCUAUCUCCUAAAUUACUUAUGGAUUGAACACCCCAAUCUUGAAGUAACGCUGAGGAAUAAAGAACAAGUUAAACAUAUCUGUCCAUUUUGCUGCUUCCCACCAUGGCAAAUGAAAUAUUCCUUCAUCGACCGAUGUAAACACGGAGCCUUGCAGUACACUAUUGUAAGACCAGUGACAACUUGUAUAGCUUUAAUUUGUCAACUUAACGAUGCAUACCAUGAAGGGGACUUUGAUUUCAAAUCAGCUUGGUCUUACCUGACCAUUAUCAACAACAUCUCACAAAUUUGGGCAAUGUACUGUCUGGUGCUGUUUUACAAAGCAAUGAAGGAAGAGUUAGCUCCCAUCAAACCUAUACCAAAGUUCCUUUGUGUCAAAUUUGUUGUCUUCUUUUCAUUUUGGCAGUCUGUGCUGAUAGCUAUCUUGGUCAAGCUGAACUGGAUUCCCCAGGGUGGGAAAUGGGACUUCUAUGACAGCAUCCAGGAAGUGGCAACAGGACUACAGGAUUUCCUGAUCUGUAUAGAGAUGUUCCUGGCCGCCAUUGCUCACUAUUUCUCUUUCUCUCACAAACCUUACAUCAGGAGUGACAAUGAAGAUGUCAACUGCUUUGCCUCCUUCCUGAUGAUGUGGGAUGUGUCUGACAUGAGAGAUGAUGUCAUCGAACAUGUCAAGGUCAUUGGUAAAACAGUGAAAAAGACCAUCAGCAAACCACAGAUAAGAAAUGAAAACGAGCGGACACCCUUGUUGGCAGGAGGGGAUUCCCGGACCGAUUCCCGGGUGGAUUUGAUGGGGUCACAGAGCAGUGCAGACUGGGACGCAGCAUCCCUGGAGAACAGUGAGCGACCCUUUCCCCCGGUCACUGAGACCACCGCCAGCAUGAACAACUACGUGGUUCUGGAGGAUGAGGAGAGCGACCAGGAAGUGGAGAGGACACACACACAGACAGGGAACAAACAUAGCCAAGUUAUGGAUCCAGGAAGUAAUAACCAGGAAGUAAUGAAGACAGACACACAGACAGGGUCACAAAAUGAGGCUCAGAACACUGGCCAAGCAACCAAUUCAGGGGGAAGUGUUCAGACAAAUACAAUAGAACAGGUUACGGUGGCAGAUGUUCAUGUUCAAGACACAGAACACAGUGCAGUACAUCACACCGAGACUUCAUACAUGUAGCAUUCCUCGGUGAGAAUUAGAUGUACAUAUCAAUUUUAUUUACUUGCUAAUGACCAAAUAACCAGUGAAGAGUGUUUAUAUUGAAGGUGUUUUCGAAAGGAAGACAAAACUUGAUAAACACAUACAAAAGUAAAUGAAAGUUAGAUUUCUUAUACAGAAACAAAAGUGAAAUAGGGUACACAUAUUUGAAAAGAGUUUGUUUAUUUUAUUCAGUUGUAUACCUUGAUAUUUUAUUCUGUGAAUGAAAUGUGUAUUAAGGGUGCAAUAUGUAUACAUGUGAAAAAAAACAUGUUCUGUUAAUAGAUGCAAUAAGUGAGUAUAAUGUCUUUAUAUAUUGUAGUUCAUGUAAUCAAAGUGCACACUCUAGUUUUAUAAUACCUACAGACAUAUAGCAGUGCUUAUAUACUGUAUACAGGGAAAUAUUUGCCCUCUUUUUAUUAUUUUAUAUUAUUAUAUAUUAUUUUAUAAUAUUAUUUUUACUGUGUCUGGGCAAAUUUAAGACCGGACGAAAAGAUUUGCAAGUGUAGAAGAGGGAAAAAAACACAGGGCAAAAAUAACCCUGUGUACAGAUACUUUGUUCUUUAUGUUUUAAAUAUCAUUUAUUAUUGAAUCAUUAUUAUCAACACACCUACUGUACAUAAUACUUUUAUAUCAUUAAUAAUAAAUAGAUUCAUAUGUCAA